UAUCCACGUUUAAUUCUUAAUUACUCUUUUUAUUAUUGACCAAAAGUUCAAAACAUAACAGUAAUGGUAGUUGGCUGACGCAGGCCAUGGCCAUGGCCAUGUCUGACUUCUUCAACAUUCGUUGUUUCCCGGCAGGUUCUUCAUAAGCGUGUUGACGUGGAAAAAAAAAAGCAAUAAACUUUAGAUAAGUUAAGACCGAUAAUGUCUCACAGUCGCCUCUCCGGUCUCUAUCGUUUACUGGUUAGAGAAGACUCACCAUUUUUCAUUCUUCUUUAUUGUUUGCUUAGUUUUUUCCCAGAAAAAAAGGAAAUAAAUUUGCUUUCUUUUGAUUGUUCGAAAGUGUUAUUAGCAAAUUGUUGAUUUGGGGAUUAAUGGGUUUUGUUUUUGUGUUUUAAAGUUUGAUUCUUUUGGUUUUUGAUGGAUUGUUGAGAUAUAUUUAGAGGGUUUAUGUGAGUGUUUUGAAGUUUAAUUUUUUUGGAAUUUGGGGAUUUUGAUAGAAACUAUGGCUGCCCUUUUACGAAAAAUCCUUCCUGUUGAGAAAUCAACUCCAAUAGAUGAUGAUAUAAAUGUUGAAUACUCUUUUGCUAUUGAGUAUCAUGGUCCUCCGAUCACUUUUGAUAUUCCUAAAUUAGUUCCUGUCGACGUCGACGGCCUUCCGACUGCUGCCGAAGUUUCAUCUUCCUUUUCUUUGAAUGAUAUUUCAUUGCCUGUUAUCCAGCCUAUUGUAAAGACCAAUCUAGUGAACCAAAAAGGUAAAAAAAUUGGUUCUGAACCUAGCUUGGCUCGAAAAUCCAUUGUUCGUGCCGGUUUAUCAAAGGAAUUGUCGAUUAAAGUUGAUAGUUUGGAUUCAUUAAGUAAGAGAAUUGAUGAUGGAAUUAGUGGAAGAGGAAGUUGUGAAAUUCAGGAAGUUUCUGACGUUAACAAUGAGACUCCUUGUCAUGUGAGAAAACCAUCUGUUGUAACUUUUGUUGAACCUGAAUCAUGUUCUACCGAAGAGUCCGAGUAUUCGGAGAUUGAAAGCGUCAUCCAUGAUGUACAACCUCUUGUAAGGAAUGGCAAAAAAGGGACAUGUUAUAGGUGUUUAAAGGGAAACCGGUUUACCAAAAAGGAGGUCUGCAUUGUUUGUAAUGCUAAGUAUUGUUAUAAGUGUGUAUUAAGAAUGAUGGGGUCGAUGCCAGAGGGACGGAAAUGUGUUACAUGCAUAGGUGGGAAGAUAGAUGAGUCGAAACGAGGAAGUCUUGGAAGAACUUCUCGCUUACUCAAGCAGUUACUCAGUGAGUUCGAAGUUAAAAGGGUAAUGAGGACUGAGAAAACUUGUGAAGCUAACCAGUUACCACCUGAGCUUGUUAUUGUGAAUGGGGAGCCUUUGUGUCAAGAUGAGUUGCAGGUACUGCAGACGUGCCUAAACCCACCGGAGAAUCUAAAACCGGGAUACUAUUGGUACGAUAAAUUAUCUGGAUUUUGGGGAAAGGAAGCGCAUGGACCGUGCCAGAUUAUUACUGCACAGCUGAAUGUUGGGGGUCACAUCAAGGCUAAUGCUAGCAAUGGAGAUACAAACAUAAUCGUAAAUAAUCGAAUUAUUACUAAAAAAGAGCUAUGGUUGCUGCAGUUAGCUGGAGUUCAUUGUGAAGGAAAUCCUAGCUUUUGGUUAAGUGCCGACGGAUCCUACCAGGAAGAGGGUCAGAAUAAUAUAAAGGGGCCGAUAUGGAACAAGAUGGGAAUCAAGAUCUUUUGCGCUCUCUUGUCUUUGCCGGUUCCUCCUAAUACCAUGAAUCCUGCCGGAGAGGAUGUCAACCAGCCAACUCUAGAGCAGCAACUACUUCCCAAAAUUCUUCUAGUUGGCUAUCAAAAAUCUGGCACAAGUACAAUAUAUAAGCAGGCCAAGAUUCUGUAUAAUAUUCCUUUCACCGAAAAUGAAUGCCAAAGUAUCAAAUUGAUUAUCCAAAGAAAUUUGUAUGGUUAUCUUGCUAUAUUGCUCGAGGGGCGGGAACGAUUUGAAGAAGAAAUAUUACUUGAGAAUAGAAAAAAGCAGACUGCUGAUGGAUCUGGUUCUUCAGGCAGUACGAGCCAGGUUGACCAAAAAACAAAAUAUUCCCUUUCCCCAAGACUGAAAGCUUUUUCAGAUUGGCUUGUUCAAGUGAUGGUGUCCGGCAAUUUGGAAGUCAUCUUCCCUGCUGCUACUCGUGAAUAUGCACCAUUCAUAGGGGAGCUGUGGAAUGAUGUGGCUUUUCAGGCCACGUAUAACCGGAGACAUGAACUAGAAAUGCUGCCUCGAAUUGCUACUUAUUUCCUAGAACGGGCUGUUGAGAUCUCAAGGAUGGACUAUGAGCCAUCCGACAUGGAUAUAUUGUAUGCUGAGGGAAUUACAUCAUCGAAUGGACUCUCUUGCACAGAAUUCUCUUUUCCCUCCAUAGAACGAGAAGCUUCUAUCGAUGGUUAUCAGCAUGAUCCAUCAUCAAGCUACCAGCUUAUUAGAUUGCAUCCCAGUAGCCUUGGGGAGAACUGUAAGUGGGUGGAAAUGUUUGAAGAUGUUGACAUUGUCCUAUUUUGUGUCUCAUUGACCGACUAUGAUGAGUUUUCACUAGACAGUAAUGGGGUUCUCACAAACAAAAUGAUGGCAAGCAAGCAACUUUUUGAAACCGUAAUAACCCAUCCAACCUUCGAGAAAAAGAAUUUCCUUCUAAUACUCAACAAAGCUGACCUGCUCGAGGAAAAGAUUGAGCAGGUUCCUCUAACUCGAUGUGAAUGGUUCAAUGACUUCAAUCCAGUUAUCAGUCAUAAUUACUAUAACAACUGCAGCAAUAAUAGAAAUAAUCACACUUCACUCUCGUUAAGUGCCUUCCAUUACAUCGCGGUGAAGUUCAAGAGAUUGUUCAACUCUCUUACUGACUGUAAGUUGUUCGUUUCAAUGGUUACCGGCUUGGAGCCUGAUUCUGUUGAUGAAGCUUUAAGAUACUGCAGGCACAUUCUUAAAUGGAAUGAAACCGAGAAUAGCUUAGUUAACAAUGAGUUGUCGUCUACGGAUAUUGAGGCAAGCUCAACCUCAUGAACCAUUCUAUUCUUUUUUUCUUUUUUGGUCUUUAAACUGUAAAAUUGUAGAACCCCAUUGAAAUUAGAUGUAGAAAAAAAACUGAUUCUUUGCAUAGAACUCAAUUGUGAAGCAAUAUAUGAUUUGUUCUUCUAA